CCCGGAGAGGCAGAGGGCUUUUCAAAACCUGGAAUUAACCGGAGCAGAGCUGCACAGAGCCGGGAAGCGCUCACGUUUGAACCCCCCAGUGAUGCGCAGGCUUUCUGUUUUAUAAUGGAUGUACCCGGGUGUGAUGCGCAGCGCGGAUCUGUUGAGGAGCUCUUCGCCACCCAGUCAGCUGGACCAGGGGGUUUGAUGGCCUGCAUGUGAAGGGACAUAACUCCGCGGUGGUUCUACCAGAGGCUCUGUUGGUGUGGAUGGACAGGUCACAAGUGCAUACGCAACAGUGUGGCAGCACCGCUGGAUUUACGCACCGCAUCCAACUUGGACUAUCUGCCUCCUCUCUUGUCGGGUGAAAUAAGAAGGAGGAUGUAUGGAAUAAACCAGCGCUGUAUUUACAUAUCAUUUCAUUUUUUCGUGCUGUGGUGCCAAGCUCAGGGGGAGAAUCACCCGUCUCCUAAUUUUAAGCAGUAUGUGAGGACGCAGGGCGCAGUGACGGACCAGCUGAGCCGCAGACAGAUCAGGGUGUACCAGCUCUACAGCCGCACCAGCGGGAAGCACGUCCAGAUUCAGGGCAAACGGGUCACCGCUACCGCUGAGGAUGGAAACAUGUACGCUCGCCUGUUUGUUGAGACGGACACGUUUGGCAGUCGCGUGAGGAUAAGAGGAGCAGAAAGUGGGCGCUACCUCUGCAUGAACCGGAAGGGUAAACUUGUUGGAAAGCCCAAUGGUCGGAGCAGGGAUUGUAUCUUCACGGAGAUAGUGCUGGAGAACAAUUACACGGCGUUCCAGAAUGCCAAGUAUGAGGGCUGGUAUGUGGCCUUCACCAGGAAAGGGAGGCCCAUCAAAGCCUCCAGGACGAGGCAGAACCAGAGAGAGGUCCAUUUCAUCAAGAGGCUACACACGGGCCCGCCUCCCUUCCCCAACACGGACCAAAGCAAACACUUUGAGUUCAUCCGAUUUCCGUCCACACGUCGAGCAAAGCGGAACAGGAAAUCACAUACCUCUUCCUAACACGCAGCAAAAGACAUGGACUGAUACCAGCUGUGAAAUAGGAAGAAACAGAUGCAAUUUUAUUUUUGUAUAUUUUUGAUAGGUAAGCAAUGGUGAAAAUGCCAUAAAUCUAGAGUAAUAUUGCUGUAAAAUGGUCACGUGUAAAUACUGAAAGAGAGUAAAGCAGAUGGAUUAUAUUUAA